UGGUGCAGCCUCAGUAUUUUGGACCUUUCAGUAAAAAUGUGCCCACUUGACACAUCCAACACCACAGCAGAAGUGGAGCCUGGCGAAAGUGAUCACUCAUUUUUGUUUAACGACAGUUUUGGUUCAUACCAACCCGGUUUCAACUCUGAUAUCACCAAGCACCUUGGAGUCCAAAUAACCUUAAUUAUGGCUUAUUCCUUAAUAAUCCUGCUGGGGCUGCUGGGCAAUUCGCUUGUUAUCUAUAUGAUUAUUCGCUACAGGAACAUGCGGACAGUGACCAACUACUUCAUAGCCAAUCUGGCCUUGGCAGACCUUCUGAUGGUCACUCUUUGCCUGCCCUUCACUCUGGUUUACACUCUGCUGGAUGAGUGGAAGUUUGGCGCCGUGUUGUGCCACAUUGUGCCUUUUGCUCAAGCACUGAGUGUUCAUGUGUCCAUCCUGACCCUGACUGUCAUAGCUCUGGAGCGUUACCGCUGCAUCGUCUUCCACCUUGGUCGACGUCUGACUUGGCGUUCCAGCCUCUUCAUCAUGGCAUUCACUUGGACUAUUUCUUCUGUCUUGGCAGCUCCACUUGCCAUCUUUAGGGAAUACCGCUAUGAAGAGAUUCCUUCUAUCAAUCUACGCAUGCCUGUCUGCUCUGAGAAGUGGCCCCACGGCAUUAACCGGGACGGAGUCAUCUAUAGCCUCUCAAUGAUGCUACUACUUUACAUUCUUCCUUUAGCCAUCAUCAGUUAUGCCUACAUAUGCAUCUGGGUCAAACUGAAGAACCAUGUCAGUCCAUCCAGCCGUAAUGACAACAUCAGUCGACGCAAGAAAACCACAAAGAUGUUGGCGCUUGUGGUGGUGGUGUUUGCAACCAGUUGGUUGCCUUUGCAUGUGCUACAGCUGACCACUGAUCUGGACCUGGUGCUUCGGUUUGAGGAGUAUAAGCUCAUUUUCACAGUGUUUCAUAUUGUGGCAAUGUGCCCUACCUUUACUAACCCUCUCCUCUAUGGAUGGAUGAAUAAAAACUACAGGAAUGGCUUCCUAAUGGUGUUCCGUUGUGAGGACAAGGCAGAGUCUUUUCAUCCAGAGGGCUCGUUCAGGACACGAUCUGUCAGAGGGCCAACUUUGAACAGUCGUAACGGCGGAAACCCUCCCACUGCUGUUUGAGAUUUCUCUUGUUUAAAUGUAGAAAUCUAAGCACAUUAGGCAGACCUCUGCUUUAGGGGGUGUGUUGUUCAGAAGAAGCUUUUUGACUUACCUAAUAUACUGACCUAUAGGUGUGUUUCAAUUGUAUCUACCUGAAGCUUUCAGCCCCUCACAUUUUAACAGCCUUGGAAAUCAUCUGUCCACUAAGGUCCAAGGCACAGAUACAUUAACUCAUUAUACUCCUCCUCAAUAAGGUAAGGUAAGGUAAGGUAAGUUUAUUUAUAUAGCGCUUUUCAGCAACGAGACACUCAAAG